AUGCAGCUUUGUGGGCAUUCCAGGCUGCCUUUGCACAUGGCAUCCGCUGACGGGAAUGUUGACAUCGUGCGCUUGUUGCUGGAGGCUCGUGCUCGCACGGACUUGGUCGACGGUCACCGUUUCACCGCGCUGAUGUAUGCAUCCAACAACGGCCACGCCGGUGUCGUAGAGUUGCUCUUGCAGGCAUCGAGCAGAGGAAACGCUGAAGUGGUGCAGUUGCUACUUGCUGCCCCCUUGCAAAAGGCAUCCGCUAACGGGAAUGCCAACAUUGUGCGCUUGUUGCUGGAGGCUCGUGCUGGCACAGACUUGGUCGAUGCUUGCGGUGACACGGCGUUGAUGCGUGCAUCCAGCAGAGGCCAUGCCAGCGUCGUGAAGUUGCUUCUGCAGGCUGGUGCAGACGCAAGCAUUGCGAACUGUCUCAGCGGCUACACAUCUCUCAUGCUCGCAUCCAGCGGCGACCAUGCUGAGGUGGUAGAGAUGCUCCUUGAUGCCCACACCAUCGAAUACUCCGAGCCAGCGCUAAGAGGCAAACUUGUUGGACGAUUCUGGAAGCACAGUCCUUGA